CCCCAUCCCCAUCCCCUCCCAAUAAAACCCAACAAGAACCAAAUCAAACGAAAACCGAAAACCGAAAACCAACAAAACCAUGAACUCACCAACAACAACAACAACAAACAACAAAAACAAAAGACCAACAAGCUCAUCACUCAUCAGUCCAAAGGAUCUCAUCGCACUCGAACUACCUAUCUGGACCACUCCCCAUCCAUCACCAUCACUAGAACACCAGCAUCAUCACUCACCAACCAACAACAAACGACUCUCACUCACCUCAAUCAACAAACCAAUCUUCAGAAAGAGCUGGAACCCAACACCCCCAACCAGUCUCACCCAACUAGAGAUCAAAGGAAUCGAAGAACUAGGCGUCAAAUUCAUCGACCCACCCCACUCAAACUCAUCCCUCAACCGAUCCAGCUCACACAAUGGUACCAUCCAUCGAGUACCAUCCACCAGAAGGAACUCAACUACCACCAAACGACGCAAAUCUCUCAAACUCAAUCUACCUACCACUACCACCACCACCACCACCAGCACUGCUGAAAGCACGCUCCAACCAAUCGGAAUCUCAUCCGAUCAACUAUUAAAACUCAUCUCCAACUCAAAAGAACAGCCCAUCCUAGUCAUCGAUCUCAGAAGCUUAAACACCUACCUCGGUCCUAACGGUCGACUAAAAGGUUCCAUAAACGUCAACUUCCCUUCACUCUUGAUCAAACGAUUCCGGAAAGGUACCCCGAGGGACUUCCAACUCAAUCCAUUCAUCACCACCGAGGCUGGCAAACGCUAUUACUCAAAACUAGAAAAGAGCUUCCAACAAUCGAACGACGACUCCUCAGGCUCAUCCUCAGUACUCAGCCAACUAGAUAUCUGUGUGAUUGAUGAUCAACUGGUAGACGAACUAGUCCACCCACCACCAUCCACCUCUUCUCACCUCCCCAAAACAACCAACUCAUUCGGAAGGAUCUUCCUCGACGUACUCAGUAACCUCUUCAGCCAACGUCAUCGUACCUCCGGUCUCUUUUUCCUCACUGAGAGCUUUGAAUCACUGAGCCAAAACCCAGACGCACAUCAUUCUCUCCUCCUCGGUGAACCUCAUCGACCUGAAAGAAGCUCACAGGAGGGCACCUGUCCCCUCGAUCGCAGUCAUCACUCAAUACAUCAUACUAGUAGUCUAACUUCAACUCUGACCACCACCACAACCACCACCACCACCACAACAACAACAACAACCACAACAAUAUCCUCUGGACCACAGGGACUCCUACGCUUACGACCCAGUGCCCCAGUAAGAUCGCUGCCAUCCAUCGACCAGGACAACAACUUGACCCGCGAACAGACACAGCAGCCUGGUUCUGCUGCUUGCUCCCCAGGACUAUCGACCUCGCUAGUUGUCAGCGAGCCAGUCCCUUCCAAGACUAAGCCACCCAAGCUGCGCCGCAUCGACACCUCCGAGUCCUUCCUCAGCGCACCUCGGUCCACCGCCAGUCUUGCACUGAGCGCCAAAAACUCACUCGCCCAGCUAAAGAUCGACCAUCUCUCCAUCACCUGUUCCUCUACCUACUCCGCCUCCCACCCCAGCACCUCUCGCGAGCCUCACGAACAUCCUCCUACUCCAUCGACCCACUCGACUAGACCCCAUGUGACGUUCAGCGACCAGAUCCUGUCCACCACCCAACCAGCGACCAGUCGACUGACAUCAUCAGCCGAAAGAUCUCAGGACCGGUCACCAUGUUCGCCUAAUACGGACCCAGAGAUCAACUUCAAAGUCUCAACGAUUAUCCCUUCCUUCCUUUACUUGGGUCCCGAACCCUCCAAGGAGACCGACUUCGCCGAACUCAAACGGCUCGGAAUCCAGCGGAUCCUAAAUACCGCACUCGAAUGCGUCGAUGAGGAGGAGCUCGUUCGUGAUCGCUAUCCGUUCGUUCGCAAAUACUUCCUCAUCCCAUUGCGUGAUUUUGUGGAAGAAACAGGGGUACAGAAAGGGAUUGAACAAGCUAAUCGAAUCCUCAAUGAUGCGUUCUUACAUUCAGCACCGACUUAUGUUCAUUGUAAGGCCGGAAAAUCCCGGUCGGUGACGAUCGUCUUGGCUUAUCUGAUCCAUCGGUAUCGAUGGAGCUUGAAGAAAUCCUAUGCACAUGUUUCGGAACGACGACAAGGGAUCUGUCCAAAUAUCGGGUUCUUGGCGGAGUUGAUGAACUUUGAACAACGAGAGCUUGGCUCCAAGUCACAUUCGAUCCUGGGACCCAACCGAGCCAGUCGAGCGGGAGAAGGGCCGCUUCUAAGUCACAAGAAGAGUGCACGCUCGGUCUCGCACCACUACCCCUCCUCUUCCUCCUCGAGCGGCUUUUGUAUGAGCACGGCGAUGUCGACGACGAGAAGUCAAGUGGCCUCGCCGGGCCAGAUCGAUGAAGGCUCGGUCCCGGACGACCAUCAUUACGGACCCUCGGGCUCCUUUGCGACCUACUCCUUGGUCGGCAAAGGACCCCCUCCUUCCUCCGUUCUCCAUCAUUCUCAUCAUCAUCAUCAUCCGAGUAAGGCUUUCUCCGUCGACCUCGAUCACUCCCCUCAUAGGUUCCGAGUCCGCUCACUCGCCCUCGCUUCUAAAAACGAGUUCUUCUUCAACUCGUCCGAGUCCGUGCCUUCCGACUCUCUCGAUCCUUCCACAGUUUCGGUCCCCGUCCCCCUACAUUCCUCCUCUUCUGAGCACAGACUCACCGAUCUUGCUGCCACUACUGCGGCCGCUGCUUCGUCUGCUAUCACUACCUCUCUCUCUUCUGAUCAUAUUCGCAAUCUGCAUUCUCUCUCCCCUUGAUCGUCCCUCUAUCCAUCCCCCCCCCCCAUUUCUGAUUCUUCGUUGGAAUCUCCUUUGCGCCCAUAACUUCUCAACUUGUUCUU